AGAACGUGACUGUGAACUAUUAACGCAAAGUUGUUUUGUUGUGUUAUUUCCAACCCGACACAUGACCAAAACAUUGGUAUCCAUUCUUCUUUCAUGCAUAUAGGCCAUAUCACUAUCGAGUAUUCGAACAAAACAAUAGCAUUUUGUUUCGUUUCCGCAACUAAAAGUCGAAGUAGCGCAACGAGCCAUUGCUCAAGGAUGAUUGUUAGAUUGAGAAGUGGUCGAUCUGUCGGAAACGUGCAGAUUCUGUCUGUGAUAGCAAUUGCCUUCCUGUCCUUUUCACAAAUGUAUGUGAGCAUAAACGACGCAGCAUUUUUUCCAGAAACGUUUGUCGGUAGGGAGUCAACAGUGUUGAAGACCCCCAUUGGGAUAGAUGAAAUCGAGCGCGCUACUAGAAGGUUUUUCGAGAAUUCGACGGAGCGCACUGCACUGGAACCUGCUCCUAGACCUUCAAUCGAAGACCUCGCUGACGGACCAAAAGUCACGGGUGAUGUUGCGUGGCUCCUUCAGUUUGCUUUGUUGGGAUUCCCCAAAUGCGGCACAUCCUUCAUGAUGCGCUAUCUCGGCCAGCACGACGAAAUAGCCAUGCUGAGAGAUAAGGAACACUGCGAACUGACAACGGGUACUAAAGACUCUGUCCUUGUCAAGGCCCUAUUAGACGGACUCCCCAUUGGUAACUACGCGCGCGGGCUGAAGUGUCCGAAACAUCUAGAAAGACCUUUGGCCAUGGAUCGCCUCUUCCGGUAUUUUCCGAAUGUAAGAGUAAUUGUUGGGGUCCGGCACCCCGUCCUUUGGUUUGAAUCAUUCUACAACUAUCGCCAUUUGGAGGGGCAUCAUCUACUACCAGCACAGGAAUUGAUAGGGAAUUGUUGGAAUCUCGGUCCCACUGAAAAGGUGCGUUCCGUCUGUACCGAACGAGCCAAGUUUCACAAUCAUUUAGCUCGCUUGGGAAAGACGAGCAUGCAGAGUGCGGAGGAGCGACAGCACUUCUCGGCCGACGUGCAAAAUGUAUCGUAUGCCCAUGGUUUCUCCAGUACCAAAGUGUUUCUGUACGACAUGGCACAGCUCGAGGACAAAAACCAGGACCGUUCCGAUAUCCUUUUAGAAGACUUGCGGAGUUUCCUGCGCGUUACAAAGCCCUUUCCGCCAAUGGUGGAGGAGCCAAAAGCAGUAUCCAACGCAACACGCAUUGAUAUUUGUGACGUCGAGUACGACCAUUUACGCGAGGUGCUUUUGGAUACCGGCGUGAAGGCAUCGAGAUGGAUCCGUCGUUUUUUUGUCCAUGCCGAGGGUGUGACGGUGUCGUCACCCGACUUUCUGGAUCAGUUAUUGGCCAAGUGGGAAGAAGAUCCUUGCGAAGAGCGCCGGGCCAAGAGCAACGCCUCUCUGUCGCGACCGGAUCGCACUACCUAA